ACCACCAUCGUCGUCAUCAUCGAGUAUUCAUUACGUCACUCGCGCGUUUGCAUCCCGACACCACGACGCGCUCUGACGCGGUGUGUAUAAAUGACCACGCGGUCUCAAAGCUCAGGGAUUCACCGCUCUCCUGCCCACAACUCUCACUCGCCUCUCGCUCUCGCCCUCUUCUCUCGCUCUCUCUCUCCACUCCCAUGCGCUCCGAACGCGGCGGACCAUCACGGCUCCCACCAUGCUCCUACCGCUACUGAAAAACGGCGCCCCGUUUAGGGGGCUGAAGCUCCUGGCUGCCUUGGGGGGCCUCUGUCUCCUGCAGGCGACACUCGGAGCCGCCGCGGAGAGCAGGCCACCACACCCGAGCCCUCUGUAUAUCCGAGGACGAGAAGUGAACCCGCUGUGGUACGUGGGGCGUGGAGUGCGCCCAAUCGGCCGCUUUGGGAAGAGGCAGAUGCCGUGGGUCUCGGACGCCCCCGUUCGGAUCCGGCAGCAGGAGACCGCGUGGCCCGACGCGUCCCCGGCGAGAAGGGGCCUCUGGCUGCUCGAGGGGGCCACUGGGGCUCUCAUGGUCCGUCGGGGAACCCCUUCGCCGGGGCUGGCUGCGUCACGGUUCGGAUCCCGUCUGCGGAUGAAGCGUCUCGGUUGAGAAAUUUCACUUUUGCAGCUCGCGGUUGAUUAGUUUGUUUAUGGGUGUGUUUGUUAGUUUGCUCGUUUUGGUUAUUUUGUUAUCCUUUCGCGGUGUUUUAUUUUUUAUUUUUGCCGAGCUCGCACGGGGCAUUGUUAUUCUACUGCCCGCUUUGUCGAAUAACCGAGGUCAAAGUCGCCUCGUUUCCCUUUCUCGUCUGAAAUGUGGGUGGUGUGGGGGUGGGGAAUGUUUCCGAUGCCCCCUCCCCCGCCGUCCUCUUCUUCGUCGCCAGCAGUUACUGGGACAAACGCCAAACCGAUCCGCCUCGGGCGUUUCAGAAAAGAUGUUUCAUCCAGACUCAUGUCUGUUCUUUAACCCUCUCUCUGGCAUCAUGGUCGAUGCGCUGGGCCGUUAUAAUACAGGGUGCUUCAAAAAAUGUUAAAACAAUUACAUGGGGCAAUCGUUUGUAAUGGAAAAACAACAGGUACUACACCGUAACAUGAUAACAAAUGUAUGUUAAUAUCUUCAGAAAGCCAAAGAACCUCCACUUGUUCCCCGUAAUUGUCAACGCACGCCUGGAAUCUUCACCAGGUGGUCUCAAGAGCCCGGAGGCACACUUCCUGUGGUGUUGUUGCAAAUUCUCAGAAGUGUUAAAAUUUUGUUUUGAACUACCUUGUAAUAUACGACCGCUACUGUCUGAAGAAAAUCUCAAUAUAUUUAGCUCGGCUGGCACGGCGCCCCACGGUGGAGCGAUGUUGACUACCUCGCCUGGUAUACAGGAGCACCGUAGGUUCUGACGCCCGCUGUACAUUUGGGGUCUCUUCUCCCCGUGGCCGUGUGGAUUUUUUUCUCCGGUUUCUCCCCUUCACGUUUAGAAUCAACAGCACGCGUUUCGAGUAUUCGGAUGCUUUAAAUGUCCCGGUAAUAAGCCGCCACUGCGUUGAGCUGUCGUUUGUAGCCAGGCCACUUCUGAAUAAGAGCUAUCCAGCUCAGUGGGCCUUACCUGGUAAAAAAAAAAGUUAAUGAAUAGUUUAUAUUCGUCAUAUUCCUGUGACGUCGAAAAAUCACAUUCAACAAAAAACACGUGUUUUGCGUUUAACAAUUUACGCAUGAGAGGGUUAAAACAACACACGCGUUAAUCAUUUCUGAAUAAGCACCUUUGAUAUGUUAUGUAUCUUCCCACAGUGCAACAACGGAUGUUAGUCUGCCUUUUCAUGUUUAUCGAUGUAAAAACAGUGUAAUUUCCAGCCGUUUGUCAAUCUACUGCUGGAUGAAAGCAGGCCUCCACCAUACCCGUGUCAGUCACGGGGGUUGUUUUUCCAUACUCCACCACGCGGGUCAGUGAAGGGGAUGUGUUUCGAUGAUCACGAGCUGCUGAUGUGUUAGCCGUGGUCUGGAUAUCCACCUUACCGAUGCGAUAAGGUGGGUAUAAAUAACGAAUUAAGCAGUGGCACGUCCCACACACCUGAAGAUUGGUAAAGUCGUUGUGGCUCGCGUGAAAGGCAACGUUCCAGAAGCUCUGCUCCAUGCGAUGUGACCUCAUCGCCUAAUCGCCCGUGAAGUUGUGCCGCCGUG